AUGAUCUACUUUGCGAGGUUUUUCUUUGUUGGGAAUUCAACUUGUAAGCCUCCAUGGAAAAUUUUGUUUUUUGGAACUGAUCGAUUUGCGGUACACCCACUGAAAGCGUUGAUUGGAAAUAAAAGGUAAUAAUGCAGUUUUGAAAUUUGAUGAAACGGACCUCUAGUCAGUUUCGCCGAGUUUCGCUAUAUGGUUCACAUUAUUUGCAAAGAUUAAGCACGUGUACUUUGGUCACUCUACUACUUAAGUAGCAGUCGACUUAACACCUCAGGGAAUCAAAAGUUUUCCAAGAACAAGUUCGAGUUCACGCUCACUUGAGACCCAUUUAUACAUACGAUGAAACUGCAGUCCAGAGUUUUUUUAGAACGAUCUUGGAUGCUUGCUCGUGACGUAAAAACUUAAGCUUACAUUUAUUGGGGUCAUCUAUUUAAUAUUCCCCUCUCCCUGUUGAGAAAAUGAGGACAAAUUAUGAGUUUCAUCAACUAAAAAACAAAGUUAAGUGCGGCAACAACUCCUCCCGUUGAAGAAAUGGGACACGUGCUUGCCAGAGAUCCAGCUGCCCCCUCACAAUCCCCCAACCCUUCUCCCAGUAUUUUGUGAGCCUUCAGUGUCCAAUGGAAUGCUCCUGUCCCUUCUUUGGUUAGUAAAGGUUUCCCAUCGUGCCAAAAACAGUGUGACAAAGACCAGUCAAAACCUCUUUUUUAUUAUUUUAUGGCAGAUAGCAGUUGACUUCUCAGUCUGGGGAGUAGUGGGGGGUGGUGGCAGGUGUUGACUGCAAGCAGUGUCUCAGUGAAUCAUUUAUAGUAAUUUGAUUAUAGGUAUUAAGAAUUAGAGUUUCUGGUUUAUAGUUAGUUUGGUAGGGAUUUUGUUGUCUAGUCAAAAAUAGUGUGGCAAAAUUGCAGUUGAACAUGGUCUGGAGUAGUUCAUCAUGGUUUUGGGGGAGUGGGGGCUUGUGCCACACCCAAAAAUUAUUUUUGUACUCCUCAGACUUCUAGAGGCAGGUACAUUUUUUAUUUAUUUUUCACAACCAGCAAUGCAUUAAUUUCUCAAUGAUUUAUUAAAACAUCUGAGUUGAUUGGUUUUUGAUUCUAAUAUUAAAUAACACAUUUUUGUUUUAUAGAACUUCAGGUUCCAUUGUAAAACUGCUUGAUGUAGUCUGCCCUCCUGAAAGAAGAAGGGUCAUUAAGGUUGGUUUAAACUUUGAAUGACCAAAUAGAGAAAACAAAAUUCUUUUUGUGUGAACUCCUGCUUUAUGAUUCCUUUUUCUUUUCACAAAUUAUCCAUUAUUAAUGCAGUUAAUUUGAUUUGUUGUAUCCUGUAUACUUGUCUACAGGUAUCUUAAUAAGCAUUUGAUCUGAUUUUUAUUUUUCAACAGAAACAACCAAAUGGUGAUGCCUUAGACACGGCAAGAGAAUUUUCCUUAAAACACAACAUUCCUGUUCACUACUGGAUUGGAAAGGAAGGAUGGGAACCUCAAAAUGGGUAAGAAUUGUAUUGUAACUAGCAAAAGUAACAUCUUUUUAGUUGAUUAAAAUUUUAAUUGUGCAUAAUAAAUUAUUAUAACUACCUGCAUUGCCUUAACACAUUUGCCUCUUGAGUGGGGGUCAGAAGGUACUAUACAGUUAAGGAACUACCAAUUUUAUCUUAAGCACUUUUAUCAAUCAAACUAGGAAGAAAAAAGAAAGAGGAAGCAAGGAUUUUUACUGAACAACAUUGUAAAAGGAGAACAUUUUCCUACUGCUUUACCCAAGAUAGCAGGGGCUGAUGUAGGCAAGGAAGGCACAUCUAGUUCUGAGGCACAUCUCAUCCGUUGCCGCGAAAACUUUGUCGGUCAAAACAGUUUCAAUAAGUGGCAACAAAAUCGUUGAGACACUGUCCUCAAACAGGGUAACUUAGGAGAACAAAACAAUCCAUUGACUGGUUAUGUAUUUUUAUAGGCCUUUCCAUUGAAAUAACCACAUGCAUUUGUUUUUAUUGGUUCUGAUUCCCCCAAUCAGUAGUUUAUUGUAUAGUCCUCAUCUACAUAUUUACGUGAUAUCAUGUAUUCUUUGCCUUCAUUGCACUAAAAACUGGUGUAAAUUAUUCAGUUACAUGUAUUUUUGACAGUCUGAUAUUAUUCUGAUAAUUCCUUUUUAGACCAACUGGUCCAUUUGAUAUUGGAGUUGUUGCAUCAUUUGGUUACUUGAUACCAAAUCAUGUCCUGGAUAUGUUUCCAUGGUAAGUAUAUACAAAAAUAAUAAUAUUGUGUUCAACUUCUCAGGUACUCGGGUGUAAAUGUGACAGGGAAGUGCAAAUCAGUUUAAAGUGUGAAACCCUGUUAGCCUACCCUGGGUUCCAGAGGAUUUUUUUUCUUAUCGAUAAUGAAGCCGCGUUAAAGCAAAAAUCUUAUCGAUAAUGAAGCCGCGUUAAAGCAAAAAAAAGGGGCGAGGAGAAAAAAAAAUUUUUUUCUCCUCGGCGCUUUGCGCCUCGUUAACGCGGCUUCGCCGCGAACCAUCAGUGUCCAUAAGAAAAAAAUAUCCUCUGGAACCCAGGGUACUGUUAGCCCAGACUAUAUUUUGAAACUUUUCACGUUUACAAACAUAAUACCCCCUUGCCGGCAAAUUUUUAAAUUUAGGAAUGGAUAUCAUGUUCUGGAUGAUAAGUCCCAAAAUGACCACCCCUUGGACAGAGCAUAGUUUACCCAUAAUUGGUAGACACGUACGAUAUGCUCCAAAAGGCUCCCUGCUUCAUUUAUUGCCCCCAUUGAGGCAAAAAAUGAUAAUUUAAUACUCCUUGAAAUUCACACCCCCACUAACCCUCUCCUAAGAAAGAAAAAUCACUGAAUACACAGUCUAAAAGUUCACUAUGAGAACUUAAAAUGAGGGACAUUAGAGAAAACUGGACUCAUGAAAAAGUGAUAACACACAGAUUUGGUUUUCUUCUUAUAGUUACAGUCUUGUUUACAGUUACUGUUUGUUUUACAUGUACUGGCAAUAACACAAUGUUAUUUUGAGGCCAAAAUUGGAAAAAUGAAAAAAUCAGGCCCUUUAAAUAAGCCUUCUCCUCCAUCCCACCUUCAAAUAUGUGCCCUCCUCUUGACUCAGAAAAUUUGAUAAGCAUCCCAGCAGCUAAUUUGAGCUUUUGCAGUACUAGGUACUCUUUGAUCAAUGAGUUUAGUAAACACCUAUACAGUGGAAUAAACUUGAAUUUACAGAUACAUGCACUUCUUUUUUCUUUUUAGUGGUGCCAUAAACAUUCAUCCAUCUCUUCUACCUCAGUGGAAAGGUGCUGCUCCUAUGUCACAUGCAAUACUGAGUGGAGCAAAGGAAACAGGAGUAUCCAUUGUUGAAGUUUCCAGAGACAGGUGUGUUCAACAUUGUGAGUAGGUCUAUAAUGAAUCAUGAGUGCUGUUACAGUGUGCCUAUUAAGUGAUUUGAACAGGAUUUGUUGAAGGUAUAUGUGUACCUGAGGAAAAAAAACUUGAUGGGCUAAGAUACAACUGUAUAUGUUACACUGGUUAAAAUUAAAAUUCCAAAAUAAAUUAUUCAGGUUAAGCUUUUUUAACCUAGGUUGAUUCUCUUCUAGCUUCCUUUGUCUCUUAACAUCGCUAAUUCAUAAAAUAAUAAUAAGGAAUAAGAGAAAAAGGAAAUAGAGAAUCAACCAAGGAUAAAUCAAAAUUAGCCUGAAAUCAAAUUUGACUUGUAUUUAAACAUAUGCAGUCAAUUCUCUCGAAGAUGGACACCUUUGGGGCCCACACUAUGUGUCCGUCUUAGAGACAUGUCUGUCUUAUAUAGAAUCAACUAAAAGGAGUAAAGAAAGGCAGGGACCAACUCCCAAGUGUCCGUUUUAGCAAGCUGUCUGUCUUAAACAGGUGUCCUUUAAGAGAGAGUUGACGGUACCUCCAGAGUUUAUUAAAGGAUGAAAUUAACAUAGUCAUUUUCACACUAAGGACAGCAGAGUGGCUGUAGGUUGUGAUGACAAUGAAAAUGGUGAUAAUGGUGAAGAUGAGAAAGAUGAUGAUGAUGGCUUUCUUUUCCAGACUGGCUUUCUAUUUUCGUUAAUUUUUUAGCUCUAAAGUAACUAGGCUUUCAGUACUGAAUAGUUAGUAGGCUUUUGAUCAUUUAUUAGUUAAUAGGUUCUCUUGAUUAUAUUGUUAAGUGUCCCCAAUUAGUAGAGGGGUAUUACCCUCGGCUAGCUACUUUGACAGGUUAAUAAAGUUUUUGAUUGAUUUAUAUAUUAGUUGAUUGACAUUAUGUUGAUGAUAAUGUUUUGAAUAAUAGUUAUGUUGAUGAUGGCAAUGAUAAUGAUGAUGAUGGUAAUGUUGAUAAAUGAUGAUGAUGAUGAUCAUCAUCAAUUAAUUUUUUCAUAUGCCUUGUUGUUUAACUCACCUUUGCAAUCCUUCCAGGUUUCAAUACAUUAAACCCUAAAAAUGUACUAAAAGUAAGAAUGUUAUUUAAAUUAGCUAGCCUAAGGGUAUUUCAAUUUUAGACAACCAUUUCAUUUUGAUCAUUAGAUUUGAUGCUGGUCAAAAUUUGCUUCAGGAGAAGUACAAGGUUUGGAGACCUUUAUAUAUCUAUCAAUAUCGCGAACUAGUGAAUGCUUUUUUAGCCUGCGUAGCUCAAGUUUUCGAGUUUUGUUCUCUUGUCCUGCUUAAUUUCUAGACUAUUAACUAGAAUGUUUUUUUUUUCUUGGAACUAUUAAUUUGAAUCAAUAAUUAUUAAAUACCCUAAAUUAAUUUGAUAUUUUUUAUUUAUGAUUAUUAUACCUCUUAACCUUAUUACUUGUACUUAGCUUAUUCUUGUCAUCUAUUUAACAAUUAAUGAAUGAGGCUGAGUAUCUUAUGAAAAAUUAUGGAGAUUGAGGAGGUGUUAUCGGAUAACACCCUCCUCAAUUUCCAUAAUUCUUCAUGUCAUACGAAAGCCGAAUUCAAUAAUUGUUUUAUUAUUCAUUCAAAAUCAUUCCUAGUUUAAAAACAAAGCUAAAACGUGCCUACCUCCAUCGAUGUUAAGUUCACCUUCGAUAGUGCAUGUCUAGGGUUGUUCAGCUCUGCAAAUAUUCUCCUUCGAGUUGUGUUCUUGCUGUUCUUGCCAUGUUUUUAGCUAUAAUUUCGCCUAGUUCUUACUCUUGAAACGAGUUAAAUGUCCGCCAUUUUUUGUUUUCACAACCAAAACAACUCAUCCUCAUCCCCAGGUCUUCUCGGUUAACGGUGCAUUAACCUGCAAUUAAGAACGCUGCAUUUUUGACGUCAUUUCCUCGUUAAACACAAAAUUCUUCCAAAUUUGGUCAUCAGUAACUGGUUAUGGUGAAUUAUGCGUGUGCUUUUAGCCAAUCAGAAUCGGGAAAUAUUUUGAAUAAACAAUGUUAGUUAUCGCUCGAAAGUUUUUCGAUUUCCUUCCAACUCUUUCGACGAACUAGCGCGGAGACUAUUGCUACCCUGGCUAAUGUUUUAGAAGUUUGUAAACCGACAAAUUGUUCUGAUUUUUUUUAUAGAUACCAGAAGACAUCAUGUAUGACGAACUCUCCGAUCAGCUUGCAAUCCUUGGUACUAAAAUGGUUUGUAUGUUUUGUAAGAUAAUAUGAGGACGCUCUAUGAAUACAUGUAGGUAGCUUUCUAACAGUGAGAACUGGAUUUUCUAUUGUCGCGUUUGGCAACAUAUGAUGUUGUUGAGGAAACGGAUUACAACUUGUUGAAUGUUUCAAAUAAAUAUUGCCAAAACCUACAGUUACUUGCUUUCCUGCCAAAAAUGUACUUGAAAUGAUUGUUUACCUCAUUUUGAUGUUCAGGCGAUGAAUCGGUCGUCACUUCAUCGAGGCAUGGAAUAGCCUAUAAGCGCUUUUUUCUCUGUACUCUUAAACUGACUUAAUGCCAUCUUUUUAGUUGAUGUAUGCUCUUGAAAAUCUGGAGGAAUUACGGAACGAUCCAGUACAGCCAAAUCCGCAUAUCAAAACUAGUUGGGGUAAGUUUCUUUGAGAUUCUAGCAGCAUGAUUUAGCUGAAAGAGUAUGAGAAAAUCGUCCGCGCAUCCAUGUUAUACGGCAUCAACUUUUAACGCACCGUGAGAAUCUGUUCACUUUAUCCGUUGCGCCACUGCCGACGUGGUUAUUUAGCAUCUCUUUUGACUCCCUCUGUUGUACAAAUGGACGCAAGAAAAAACACGCGCGUCUCCCUCGCGCGCGCCCGUUCUUUCCUGCGCCCAUUUACUUCCUAGCGCCUGCUGCGCAAGUCUUGCGCAGGCUAUCUUUUGUAAGGCGGACAAGUCUUCCUAUUAAAAAGACGGUCAUUUUUUUUUAUUUUGAUUGAUUGAUUGAUUGAUUUGUUCGUGUAUUUAUUUAUUUAUUUACAUGUCUUUUUUUUUUACUUUUUCUCCCAGCUCGCCGCUUGACUAAAGAGGUUGGUUAUAUUGACUGGACAUACCACACUUGGUCUUACAUCCGAAGACGAUGGAAUGCACUUUCUUCCAGAGUAAGUUAUACGACAAUUUUUCCGUACUUUUUGUUCACAUAUGAAUGUGAAUGUAUUUAUUCUAUCUUAUUAUUCUUGAUGUUUUUUUAGGUUGGAGUUCAGACCAGCUGGGAAGGAAAGAAAGUCAAGCUGAUUAAGAUGUCCAAGGAUUUCCUUAGUCGUGAGUAACAACAUGCAGAACAUUUAACCGCUUUUCUAUGGCAAUGCGCUGACUGGUUUCGAGACUAGACUUCAGGGGCACCCAAUGGAUCUGUUCCUAAAAACAUCUGUUCUUCAGGCAAAUUUUUGCUGGCUGGGAGAUUGGAAAAAAUAAUAUGUCCUUGGGAGGAAGGUCAAAGUGUUGCUGGGAAAUAAACAAUUCAGGGUGUCUAAGGAGAUUUGUAGUCUAGAAUAGCUGGUAUGUGCUAUUUGUCAGAACCUCCCCCCACACUGAAAGGGUGAAUUUCGCCCUAUGACACACUUUUUUGCGCAAUGCCAUUAUUUUUGUCAUGGAAUCACGAAACUGAGCGGUGAAACUGCAGCAAAAAAAAUAUGAAGGCGAAGGAGGCCACGCUCUGAAGCUCUCUGAAUUGCUACCAAGCAAUUAUGGUCAGCCCGGCGAAAAUGAUAACUCUUAACUUAACCUUUUAUAGACUGAUGGCAGUCACAGAGGCGCCUUAUGUAUUGAGUUUGAUGGCAUACAUGUGCUCCUUUUUUCUGUAGUCACACCUGAAGAGAAGCUUUCCACACUCCCAGGAGAAGUGAAAUUUGAUAGAGAUCUCGAUACCCUCUUCAUUAGAUGCCAGGUAGAGAUUAUUGAUUAAACGCAACAAAAUAGUUUGCUCAUGGCCAAAAAAUCUUAUUCAUAAUAAAGCACACGAAUAAACAGCGAAACGAGCCAGCAAAUGUGACUCGCUGGCAUGCAAACGCGGAGCGUUUUCACUAACGUGUUUCACUCUUUGUUCCUUCUGGUUGCGCAUUGUUGAUCUCAUCUCAAGUCUCAAAAAUGAUGACAGCCCAUUAUUGUGUUCUCGAAGACCAUAAAUUAUAUCGUUGUACCGUAGGGCCUAGCCACGCUUUCCAACGAAGCGAUGCUGGGAUCUGCUUAGGAGGCUAGUCAUUACUAGGUUUUUAAUUAUUUUGUUUUUUGUUUAAAUUUCAUAACAGGACGGUUGGGUUGGAGUCACGGAGCUGCAGUUUGAAGCCAAAACUGUCAUCACUGCUCGGGAUUUUGCUAACUCGUACCUUCGAAUCAGUGCUUUACAAGGCAACACGAAGAAAUGUUUUGAAAAUUUACCCUGGAAGGACAGGUAGCCAUGAAGUAGCUGUUUUCGCUUGGCGAAGACAGGGAAUUCACCUAGCAGGGCAUCAGGAAUAAAUAAUAUUUAUUUUUUUUAUCUUCAAUGGAAAAAAUGCAUUUUUAUUCAAAAGGAAUGGAGUACGUCUAGUGUAGCUAUACAGCUUAGUCUGUGCAAAAUAAAUGCUUGAAAG